AUGGCCUCCCAGCCACCGUGUGCCCCCAGCUCCCCCCAAAACCAGGGUGAAGGUGGGAAGACAGCGCCCCAGGAAUGCAGCGUGCAGCCAGCCUUGGUCAGAGCCACUGAUGACGUAUACCACCCGGGUAAGCUGCCUUGGGCGGCUCUGGUCACGGCCUUCGGCCUCUUCAGGCGGCAGAAGUUGGAGAUACAGCAGGAACAGAUGGUAGCCCCCUUCAACCCCUUGGCCAUGGAACAAGAACUGUCCAAGAAGCUCUCAGUACCCGAAAAGAAGUUCUGGGGGGACCAUGAGCCCCUCUCCAAGAUCCCAUUUCAAAUUCUGAGUGGACACCGUCACAUUGUGAGUUCUUGUCUCUUCUGUGUGGAUGACACAAAGCUCCUCAGUGGCUCCUAUGACUGCACGGUGAAGCUGUGGGAUGCUGUGGAUGGAUCUGUUGUUCGGGAUUUUGAGCACGGGCCCAAAGCUCCUGUUUUAGAGUGCAGUGUCACGGCUGACAGCAGAAGAAUUGUCGCAGCCGCCUAUGAUAAGACAGUGAGGACUUGGGACCUUGAGACAGGCAAGCUGCUGUGGAAGAUCAAUCUUGAAAGCAUCAUAUCCUCCUGUAAGCUUUCUCCCGAUGGUAAAUAUGUGGCCUCAGGCUUGGAUGUGGAUCAUGGAAUCUGUAUAACAGACGCAAAGGAUGCCACAACUGUGUCACUUGUCAGGGAUCAUCACAAAAAACCAGUCACGGCUUGCUGCUUUGACCCUGAUAGCCAGAAGGUGGCUUCCGUCUCGUUGGACAAGAGCAUCAAGAUCUGGGAUGUUACAUCCCAGGCCACAGUGCUCACCAUCACCCAGGCACACAGCAAUGCAAUCUCAAACUGCUGCUUUACCUUCAGUGGCCAUUUCCUGUGUACAAGCUCUUGGGAUAAAACCUUAAAAAUAUGGAAUGUCCAUACAGGGGAGUUUCGAAACCGUGGAGCCUGUGUGACUCUGAUGCAGGGCCACGAAGGUUGUGUGAGUUCCUGCCGCUUUGCCAGAGACACAUCUUUUCUCGCGUCUGGAGGUUUUGACAAGACCGUGGCUAUUUGGGAUGUAGGAGAAGGCUACCGGAAGCUCUCCUUGAAGGGCCAUGAGGACUGGGUGAUGGAUGUUGCCAUUAGCAACAACAAGAAAUGGGUCCUGUCUGCUUCAAAGGAUAAGACCAUGAGACUAUGGAAUAUUGAAGAAAUUGACAAUGUUCCUUUGGUAAUCGAGUACAAAAAGGCCCUGGGUUUAAAGGUGAAACAGUGUGAAGAAUGUGAAAGGCCUUUCUCCAACUAUGAAAGUGACAUCUACUCUGAAAUAGUCACCAAAUGUGUGUUCUGCCGGAUGGAUGCACAACACUUGUCAGCAGAGACCUCAUCAUCACCAGAAAAUGACUCAGCAGCAAGCGGGUACAGCCUGGGCGAGGAUGACUGA